AUGGUAAAUACUAAGGUGACCCCCAAGAAGUCUAAAGAGAUAUGUCCAGUGUGCUUCAAAGAAGUUGCAGGGAAAGAUGCCUGGACAGCUCAUGUUAUAAAGUGUGCCGGCAGCAUGUUGGUUUGUGAAAAAUGUCGUGUGUCCUUUAAGAAGAAGGAAUAUUUGGCAAAACACAUGGGAUUGAAACAUUCAGAGAUCGAUCUGUCCAAGGAGUCUGAGAAAGACAUUCCAAGUCCUAGCAGCUCACCGACGAAUGAUACUGACAGUGAAAGUGACUGGGAUGAAGAUCCAGAGGUACGGUUGGAGGAGACUCCAAGAGACGAGAAACCUCAAACUGAAACAAAUGACCUGAUGACUGGACGUAUCUACAGGAAACGCACUAUGCCCAGCCCUGUACAGUCUCCCAGAAAAUUCAUCUGCAGGACGGAAGUGCAUCCUAUUCCAGGUGUCGUGACCGUUGAGACACAGACAGAUACUGUUGUAAGUGGUAUGGCAGACAAGAGUACCCAAACAGCUGGAUACCGGAAGCGAGUAAAGGAGGUUACCAUAACCAAGUAUCAUGAGAACGGCAGAAGCGUAGAGAAUAUCGUGGAGAGAGAGGAGUUUUACAAUAUAUAA